UUUUACUGGUAAGAUAUUACUCAUUUUACUUUUACAGGUAAGAUAAUACAAAUUUUACUUUUACAGGUAAGAUAUUACUAAUUUUACUUUUACAGAUAAGAUAUUACUCCUAUAACUUUUACAGGUAAGAUAUUACUCCUAUUACUUUUACAAGUAAGAUAUUACUCCUAUAACUUUUACAGGUAAGAUAUUACUCCUAUAACUUUUACAGGUAAGAUAUUACUCCUAUUACUUUUACAGGUAAGAUAUUACUCCUAUUACUUUUACAGGUAAGAUUUUACUCCUAUUACUUUUACAAGUAAGAUAUUACUCCUAUAUCUUUUACAGGUAAGAUAUUACUCCUAUUACUUUUACAGGUAAGAUAUUACUCCUAUAACUUUUACAGGUAAGGUAUUACUCCUAUUACUUUUACAGGUAAGAUAUUACUCCUAUAACUUUUACAGGUAAGAUAUUACUCCUAUUACUUUUACAGGUAAGAUAUUAUUCCUAUUACUUUUACAAGUAAGAUAUUACUCCUAUAUCUUUUACAGGUAAGAUAUUACUCCUAUUACUUUUACAGGUAAGAUAUUACUCCUAUAACUUUUACAGGUAAGAUAUUACUCCUAUUACUUUUACAGGUAAGAUAUUACUCCUAUUACUUUUACAGGUAAGAUUUUACUCCUAUUACUUUUACAAGUAAGAUAUUACUCCUAUAACUUUUACAGGUAAGACAUUACUCCUAUUACUUUUACAGGUAAAAUAUUACUAAUUUUACUUUUACAGAUAAGAUAUUACUCCUAUUACUUUUACAAGUAAGAUAUUACUCCUAUAACUUUUACAGGUAAGAUAUUACUCCUAUUACUUUUACAGGUAAGAUAUUACUCCUUUUCAUGACCACUAUGAGUAUUACUGGAAUAAGUAGAACUAGAGGUUAAAUAGGAAUUGUAAGAUUGACAGUAUUCCACCUACAUUUGAUCCCUUCCCAUGAACAUUUUUAACACAAAUCGUAUUUCCAUUUGGUUCUCCCCAGGAACCAUUGAUAUGAUGACAAUUUAGAGAUUCAUUACUGGGCAUAUGUGAAUCUAUUAGUACAGUUUACAUGAGACAUCUGUUUAAUUUGUGUCCGUUUUCCCUGCAAAUGAAAGUGGAAUGGAUUUUCUCUAGGUUUCCCCUCUCUGAACUGCUUAUUGCACCGUUACUUAGUAAUGUAAUUAAAGAGCCAGCUUUCCUAAUGAGCCGAGCAGAGUGAGCAGCCAUCUUGUUAUUGUUGAGAACUGCUUUGAAAUAUUCCUUAUUACACACAAGUUCUCAGGCUUUUCUUACAUCUCCCAUUCUAAACUGGCUGUUUAAAACCUGUGCGUGUCGUGUGUCAUCAGGCAAACGGCCAACAGAGGAGAAGAAAUUGCUUUUGAAAUUUGAAAAGUUCUCUACUGUAUUUGAUUCUGGGGAAAACCUCUUGACACUGAGCAGGGCAUGUUGUACCGAAGAGUGAAGGUUUUCAGAGGGACACUUACAGUAACUGUAUUCUACAGUACGUUUUUGGAUGGAAUUGGAUCCGAUAUGAAUACAGAUCCUCUCGGCAUUCCAGGGGGUCAACCACACAUGUAUGUCUGCAUAGCAGCCUAACUGAAAGGCUUAACCCUGCUAAUCUCUGUAUUAUAGAACUAAAGAGGUACAUAUCAGAACCACUCCAAAAUGGCAGAGUCAGCCGAGGCCGUGGUAGCUAACCUGAGCAGCAGGAGGAAUGUCACAAUUGAGAUCACCAAUCUCACAAACAACUACUGUCUCAUCAACCCAAAGGUAUUCCUGGAGAGUGGGGAUACCUACCACCCUCCCCAGCCCACAGUGCGCCCCCUAAAGACCGAAGUCUGCACAUUCAGCAAAUCAAGCGCCAAGGCAACGGGCAGCUAUGGCGUUCUGACCUAUGACCUCUUUGAGAAGUCCCGGAACGACUACAUCGAGACGGUGGCCCUCAUGUUCGGUGUGCCCUGGGACUACAACAUCUACAAAAACUGGUUCGCUGUGGGCAUCUUCAACAAGGGCCGAGCCUGUGAUGCGUCACUGUAUAAAGAGAUGUACAACGAAAAGACCCAGAAAGGCUUCAUAAGAGAAGAAGCCAAUGGCUCAGGGAUCAGCUAUGAAGGGAACUACCUGGACAUCAAGGUCACCAUGUCCCCCAUGGGCAGGGCCAUCAUGAAGGUGGAGGUAUGGGACAAGCUGUUCACUCCCAGCCAGCAGGCCCACUAAGGGGAACCUCCAGCCUCCACCCUCUCCACCAGCACUACAGUAUACCUCUGCUGUGUUGUACCUCUGUAACCAAUCCACCCACCAAUAGAUAUUACUAUUCUGCCGUACUGCUACUGUUUGUGUGUUUUGUUGCUGACAUGUCUGAAUUUCACGACAUUACCUUCCAGUAAAUCUGCUUAAGAUCACAGUUUAGUUUGUUUAUGAAUUCAGGCAGAAGUGAUAUCUGCUCUUUUCUGUAGAAGUCACUGUUCAUCUCUCAGUAGCAUCCUCUUUCAACUGGCAUCUUCUCUAGAAAUGUAAAUCAAACAAUGACUCACCAGAGGACGAGGGUGCAUAGCUUACUUAACAACACAUGGCCAGGAGCUGUCUCUGUCUGUAUCUACUUAUGGCAAUAAUAGUCUUUGGAAUAAAUGUUGUUGUUUUGCUAAAGCUAUUUGUGUAUGAUGAGUUUCUCUCUAUUGAUUGAGCCUGGAAAUAUUA